AUGAACGAAAAUCUAUUUACCUCUUUCACUUCCCCUACCAUAAUGGGCUUCCCUGUCGUGAUAUUAAUCAUUCUAUUCCCAAGUAUCAUAUUCCCCUCACCUGACCGAUUAAUUAAUAAUCGCCUCGCCUCAAUUCAACAAUGACUAAUCCAACUAACAUCAAAACAGAUAAUAUCCAUUCAUAAUCAUAAAGGACAAACAUGAACAUUAAUACUCAUAUCACUCAUUAUAUUUAUUGGAUCUACCAACCUGCUGGGCCUUCUACCACACUCAUUUACCCCUACUACUCAACUAUCAAUAAACCUGGGGAUAGCCAUCCCCCUGUGAGCAGGAGCAGUUAUUACAGGAUUCCGAUAUAAAACUAAAGCAUCCUUAGCCCACUUCCUCCCUCAAGGAACACCUCUUCCUCUUAUCCCUAUGUUAGUGAUCAUCGAGACCAUCAGCCUAUUCAUCCAACCAAUCGCUUUAGCCGUGCGAUUAACAGCCAACAUUACCGCAGGUCACCUAUUAAUACACCUGAUUGGAGGAGCUACCCUCGCCCUAACCAAUAUCAGCAUAACCACAGCCCUCAUCACCUUUAUUAUUCUCAUUCUACUCACCAUUCUUGAAUUUGCUGUAGCCCUAAUUCAGGCCUACGUCUUUACCUUACUAGUAAGCCUGUACUUACACGACAACACCUAA